AUGACGGAGGAACAUGAGAAUUUUUAUGAAAACCGAGAAGAUAUACUUCGUGAUCAUAAGAAUCCUAUUGAGGAGGAAAAUGAUGAAGAUGAUGAUGAUCCUAUCUUGGCAGAAGACCCACCAUUGACAAAUGAAAACCCUGCAAAUGAUCAAGUGCCUCAGGUUCCAUUUCCAUCAACAAGUCAAGACAGUCGCCGAGCUACCAUAAAAGGACUUGUUUGGAAGGUGAAAAAGUUUGUUUUGAAUUCUGACCAGACUACUUUUCUUGGCAACACCACAUAA